AUGAGAGUCGAGGAUAAAGUUCUAGCGAUGCAAUGGGUUCCACGAUUCCUCCUCGUUGGCGUCAAUCCGGAAUUGCGACGAAUUCGCCAGUACUGCAGUAUCGCACACAGCGACACCAUGAGAAGCACGGCGGUGGUCGGCGGCCCUGAUUGUGUGUGUGGUGGUCGCGAACGACGCGACGGCGGCCAAUCGCUUGGGCCACCCAUUAAUCACUGGCUGGCAUCCAACGCAUUCGUCGUCUCACCAUCAUUACCUAAGUAUUCGCCUUCCUGA